AUGGCUUCAGAUGCGAUCUCAGAUUUUCUGGAUGCAAUUCAAGAGAUUCAAGCCGAACCCGUGGAAACCCUGAAGCAGUCCGAGUCUCCUCUCCAGGCUUUCUUGGAAUUGACAUCGUACUUGGGGUCUUCACCACGUCUCCUCGAUGUGGUCUUGGUUGCGAACCUGUUGACUGGAGCGCCAGAUGGCUUGAUCAUGGCUUUAGGAGCACAUCUCUUAAUUUCGGCGGGCGGAACAGCGCCAAGAAGCUUACGUGGCACAUCCAUGAAGGGGGCAAGCAAGCCUCUUCAGAAGGCUUCGGAGAAGAUAACUACUGUGUUGAGGAACAUCCUGGGGAAGCGGACAGGCCUGAAGUCCAAGGAUAUUUCAGGGAACUCCGUGACAGGGGGCAUGGCUGGGUGCCUAGUCAAGUUGCUGGAAGAGGGUCUUUACAACAACAUCACCCCAGCAUGCCGAUCUGCAGUUUCCACGAAGGACCUUUCUACAGACAUCAAAGAGGCAGAAAAGGUCAUAGAAACUUGGACAGUGGCGAAAUUGAUGAAGUCAGACCUCACAGAGAGUUUGAAGAGCGGUCUUCUGACAAAGGACGGAGGCUCCUACAAAUUGAAUUGGGGUCACCACGGGAAAAAGGAGGAACGAAAGGUAGCGGUGUCAGAGCAGAGCGCUCUAAAGGAAGACGGUGGAGCAGUGGUGCUAGCAGGAAGACGAUCAGAAGGAUGGUUAAAGCAGACCGGCGCCAAGAGGGUGAUUUAUUUCAAGAACCUGAGAGACAGCGAUCUCUUGAGGAAUCUGAUAAACACCGCAAUGGAACUGGUUCUAUCAAUCUCAUCCGGGUCCCCCACCCCAGACUGCAGCUGGCUGCAGGGACAGGUCAUCAUUUCUGCAGGAUUGGUCGGGGAACUGAAGAGCAUCGGCGUUCAUUCGUUGGAGCUCGGGAAAGUGAAUCUCUUCUUGAUGCCAGAUCAGGGAUCCAGCAAGACACCAUCGCCAGUGGCACCACCAAGCAAGCCCACCUCAACACUCAAGGGAGGGCUUCCUGCUUUCACCAACUACUUCGAGAAGCAGGACGGAGUCAAAAGAAAGUUCAAAUUGCCCGACAAGGAAUGGUUGUCAGCAGUGAAUUUCUUACACGAGAGGAUCACUACAGACAUGGAGGAUCAGUUGGAAGGCGCGACACUGGAUCAGCUGGAGGCCAUGGCGCCAGACAUCAUUUCGGAGUUCGAAGACGAGGUCAAGGUAAUUGCUGGCGCAGUCAAGUUGUCUCAGAACGAUGCAGUGGAGAUGCUCACGGAGAUGCUGGUCUCCUACAGCAGCAGCAAAAAACCAGCGCCCAAGACAACGGCCAAAGAGACAUCAGGAUCCUCAACGGACACCGAUGCUGCAAAAAAUGCCCUGAAGCAGUUCUUGGAUGCGGAAAAGGGUGGAAGGAACACAAGGACCAUUCCACUAAACUGUAUGCCGGCCAUGACACUGAGCAAAGCAGAGGAUCUGGAAGGUCAAGUGAAGAAGAUCUUGGAACUGAGUGGACAGCCAGAAAUCAAGGUCCUGGAGAGCCUUACGGAACAUGUGAUGAUCAAAGGGACGACCCCUGCUGUGAAAGACUGGGCAAACACUCGAAAGUCUUUCGAGGAGUGGAAGCAGUUCUUCUCUGGCUUGGACGACACUGGCAGUUCUGGCAAACUUGUCUUUUCGAAUGCAGUGGGAAGAAAACUUCAAAUCUUCAUCACAGAGGCAGCAGCGUCUUUGUUCAUCAUCUUGAAGGCAGUUCGCACAGGGAGGGACUUGAACAAGAUAAGUGGAAAGACUGCAUCCUGCCAGCUCAUGAUGGACAUUCAGCAAGACAUGGGAUUUGGACUCCACUCGUUCAAGAUUCCAUAA